GAUGCGGUAACACUGCUCAUUAUACAGGUCGAAAACUCGCUCCACCGUAGUGGGCAAGAGAGGGCUGGAGGCGUCCUUGAAUCUCUCUUAUCCUCCAAGGCGUAGUUAAACGGACUUGCCAUUCGAUGCCCAUUUGUGCAUUUGGUGUCUACAACAAGGACAUGCGGCUGCUGUUGCUUUUCGUGGUGGUCGCAGUGGCUUUCCAGCAUGCUAUGUUCAACAUAGCCCUGCUGACCAAAGUGAAUAGUGCAAUUGGAGCGGGAAUCGUAACCGUCUUCGUAGGAUAUUGGUUGGCGCAGAAGAUUCAAAGGCUCGUGUUUGGACGGCUGCUGGAGCCGCAUGGGAAAGCGGUGUUCAUCACAGGUUGUGACCAUGGCUUCGGGCAUAUGCUGGCGAAGAGGUUGGCCAAUCAAGGCUUCGAAGUGUUUGCUGGUUGCUUAAACGAAAAGUCCGAGGGGGCUGUUGCAUUGAAAAGUCUUCAAAAUAUUCAUCUGGUCCAGGUGGACGUCACUAAGCCAGAUCAAGUGGACGAAGCGGUGCAUGUCGUGGAAAAAAACCUUCAAGACAGAGUGCUGUGGUCCGUUGUGGCUAACGCCGGCGUGUUCCCCGUGGGUGCUACCGAAUGGGAAACCUGGUCCAACAUCCAUUGGGCGUUCAACGUCAAUGUCUUUGGUGCUAUGGAUGUCUCACGGAAGUUUCUGCCCCUGCUCCGUAGCUCCAGAGGACGCCUAGUUAUCGUCGCCAGCGGCUUCAGCCGCAUGACCAUUCCAGGUGCCGUGCCGUACUGCAUGACGAAGCACGCUGUCCAGUCACUUGCAGAUGGUCUGAGACGUGAGUUGCAAGACAAAGGAGUGCACGUGGCCGCCAUUCAGCCUGUGGCUUAUCGGACAAGUCUGCUGAACACGCAGAAGAUGCUGAGCGGCGUUGACAAUACCGUGCAGCAGAUGGACAAGGAACUACGGGAUGUUUAUGACGACAACGAGCUCAGCAAGUUCAAGACGAGUAUCGUCAACGUGCUUGGCAAGUACGCUCGAUCAAACUUGGAUGAAGUAGUAGACCAGAUGGAGUUGGCCAUUCGGGAUUCCCAUCCGAUGCCACUCUACAAGACAGGCGGGUUCUUCGACAACCUGCAGCUGCUUCUCGCGCAGAUAGUGCCGACGGAGUGGACGGACCUUUUCGUUUGGUUCAACCAGAAGUUGAUGGAAAAGGGGCCAAAGUGACGUAGUUGAACCAGCACGGUGCGUUUUGGACGAUCCUGUGUUCUGUCACCUGUCGUGCCGUGUGUGCUGUCAUCCGGCACUGCUGCCUCGUCGAUAAUAAGUUUAGCAAUCCUCCGGUAAGGCUUCUACGCCCGUGUUCGACGUAAGAACGGUACGAAAUGUGGUCUGUCAACCUCAACAGAGUUACUGCGCGGGAGAAAUUACAGUGCAGCGCAACCAGAUGCCGCCCAUGGGACUGAUAUAUAUAGUUACGUUGUCAGCGCACUACUUGCCGUGACGUAGCGAGUGAUGCCCGCUUGCAGCCAAUAGGAACAAGUGUAGGGCGUGCGUUGAACGUGUCGUUCUUAAUUUGAACACGACUAUGAUUUGAUGUGUUUCCCUGACCGGUUCACCAUUGUACACCAUAACGAAACAAAUUGUCGUCAUUUCCUACGUAGAAAAGAAAAAAAAAGGGCGGCGGUAUUUUUACUUGAGAUUCAUCUGCCUAGUGAUGGUGUUUCGAGAUGGUGAUAUAUCACCGCCACCUAUCGUCAUUAUAGUCAUGUUAAUUACCAUAAUCACCUUAACGCAAACCGUGUCUGCAGAAUUCACGGUAUAAGACAAGAGUUGACACAUGGUGUAAUGGUGACACCAGACCAAACCAAAACUAUACAAGGCUCGCACCGUUCAUAGUUUUAUUGUUGCAGCAGCAGCAGUGAUUUGACUAUGAAGCUAAUCGGCACAUUUUGCGUGAUGGCCUCUUAAACGACGAGAGCAACGGAGCUAGAAGUGAUGGUUGACACAGACAGUGGAGGCUGAUGGCUGGAACCUCAGCAUUCCAUUCCUUUAUGGUUCACUAAACGCCUAGAUGGGACCAAAUAGUCAAGUACUUCCUAAUAGUGUAUGCAACAAAUUGCUCAAAGUACCUGUCCGGCUUAUUAGCACUGUAAUCUAAGUAAAAUUCGCGGGUAAUUUUACCAACCACUGCUACAUGUUGAUGACGUCUCGCAGGAUGACAGCCGCACCGAAGUGAUAUAAUUGACGUGGUGGACGAAACGGCUGACUAUACAUUGGUGACUACAAACGGUGACUACAUUCCCCAAUUGUACCUGCUGUCUUUAUUGUGUGUUUAUAGUGAGUGAGCGAGUGAAAGAGAGUGAGAGAGUGAGUCUCUGUGGGACCUGAAUUUAUAAAUUGCAUAACACAAUUCUUUUCAGCGGUUUGUAUUUAGGUAUGCUCUGUGUGAUAUGUGUGUAUUGUACGUGUGUCGUGUUUGUCAGGACACUCGAAAAGGUGGUGCAGUGGCAUUGUCCCAUCCACAAGACCCAUUUGGUUUUUUGUCUUGCGUACCCAUUUUUAGUUCACGUACCUUUUAGUGUAUGUUAGCCCUGUCUCGUGGUUUCUUUUUUUUUUACUUACGAGUGAAAAAUAAAAAUAAAAGUCACAACGAUAAAAAAGAGUUAAUAA